AUGUCGCCCUCUGGCGACGGCCGCAGCAGCAGCAGCAGCAGCAGCAGCAGCAGCAGCCGCGCCGGCCGCCUCUCCGGCGGCCUGGGCGACUCUGACGCCAACGCCUACGAGAAUAUCAUCACCAACGAUCUGUCCUACUUGCAGAUCCUGGAUGCGGCCAGCGGGUCAGCCCUGGCGGCGCGGGGUGGCUCGGCUACUCUUCCCUCCUCGCCGUUGCGGCGGCGUUCCUUUCCCACCCCGCCGACCAAUCUGGACGACCUACAGCUCGCUGGUGCCGGCGUUCCGGUGGACUUCGAAAACUCGGACUCCGAUGUGGAGGACAGCCCUUCGGCGGUGGAUGCCCUGCGUCUUGGGCCGCCGCCGGCUCCACUAACUCGACUGUCAACCAUCGAACCGCGACAGCCCAGCAUGGAUGCAUCGGGCUCCGGCCCUUCGACCCCACCACCGCCCUCGCUUGCUCCGGUCCCGACGCUGGCCCCGGCCCCGACUCCAACCCCCGGCCCGGCUCCGGUCCCGGUCCCGGCCCCGGUCCCGGUCCCGGUCCCGGCCCCGGUCCCGGUCUCGGUCCCGGUCUCGGUCCCGGCCCCGGUCCCGGCCUCGGUCCCGGCCCCGGCUCCGGCUCCUCCUCUUCGACCGGUAUCUGUCGCCUCCGAGCCCAUGUCCCCCCUGUCGCCUGCGUUCAAGACGCGCUCCCUUCUGAGUGUCUUCAGUGGCGGCAAAAAGAAGGCCGACAAGAGUGCCCCGGCGGCCAGCCACACCUUCAACAUGGGGUCGCACAACGGGGAGAAUGUUUCCACCGGCGAGAUGUCCCAUCGAUUCCGAGCGCACUUCUCGACAGCCAACUCCGGGUCCCCGGCGGCCGCGUAUCCGGCCAGUGGCGGUUCCUCGCCGAACUCCUUCCACUUCCCGGAGCCGGCACCCACCUCGCACUCGGCCUCCUCCUCGUCCUCCUCCGCAUCCUCCUGCUCUUCGGGUCCUGGGGGUCUGGUCGAUGGGGGCCCGAUCACCGAUCCGGGGGCCGCCCUGCAUGCUGCUCGGCGCUCGGCCUCCAUGGCCGACAUGUCUCCCCUGCACCGAGACAACUUCGGCCGGUCGGCGUCGUCGGCAUCUGCGUCAGCCGUGGCCGCGGCCGCGGCCACUGCGGCUGCGGCCGGUCUGCCUGGCCUUUCAACUCGCUCGGCAUCGGCUCGAUCGCAUGAGAUUGCAUCGGCAUUUGGCAGUGCCUCGCUCUCGGCCUCGACUCACUCGCUGGCUGGUGGCGGCAUGCUCGGCACCGGGGGCGCCCCGGCCGACAAGGUCCCCCCCUCGCCGGCUCUCCUGUCGGAGUACUUCCGCAAGCAGAACAGCCCACGCAAUUGGGUGUUCGCCGCCGACCCGGAGGCCGUCCUGUCCGCCACUUUGGACUUCUCCGAUGCCCCGGUAACUGGACGCCUGACAGUCAGCUCGGUGGGCGUGCAGCGGGUCAUCAUCCGCGGGGACUCGCCCGGGAUGAGCACCGCCACGGCGGCCAUUCUCGGCGCCUCGCGCAGCUCCACCGCCGGGUCGGUGGGCCUGGGAUCGCCAGCCAGUGAGCCUGGCAGCCGCCUCAGCCGGGCAGCCUCGGCCGCCCUGUCCCCGGUGUCCAGCCCGGCCAGCCGGCGCGGUGCCUCCACCUACAAUCUGGACAACAUGCCCAAUACCGAGCACCAGUUUGGCCUGGCCUCACGUCGGGCGCUGCUCAUGGAUGUCCUUCUGGAGAAGCGCCCCCGAUCGGUGACCAGUCGCUGGAAGGGCCGGUUCUUCCUGCUGACGCCGGAGCGCCUGUACAUCUAUUCCCUCCCGGCGAAGGAGGGCCAGCCAAUCCCCGAUGAUGGGGCUCUGCCUCGCGAGGUCAUCAGUUUGCAGCAUCUGGUGGCUGCGUCCCUGGUCCCGAGCAGCACUUCCGACCCGCAGCCGGUGGUGGUCAGCUCGUCGGUGCCGCUGGCCGGCGGUGCCGCCGCUGCGACUUCCUUCCAUCAUGGGCACCACCCCCACCACUACCAUCACCAUCACCAUGGCCCGGUGAUGUCCAGCGCAGCUUCAUUCAUCUCGCUCGGGUCUCCCGGCUCGCAUCUGGUAGUGGGCCCGAGUGGCUCGACCGAGGCGCUGAAUCAGCAUCUCCAACUGCCCGGCACCAGCAGCGUCAUGUCCCCCUCGCCUUCUUCCUCCUUCUCGGCCAGCGGCGGGCAUCUUACACACCUGCAGUCUGGCCAUGCGCCGGUUCACCCAUCGCAGUGCCUCGGCGCCGGGGACCUCCAGCUGGCCAACAGCCUGAACAGUCUUCCCCGCACGCCGGCCCUCAUGUACCUGCCAUCCGGCUCGGCGGCCGUGAUCCCGGUCAAUUUGGACUACAGCCCGACCGGGACUCUGCAUGCGGUUCUCGGCAACUUCACAUCCUUCAUCUCCCGCCCAUUGGAGCCCGGCUCCGGCCACACCUACACCAUGCCCCCGUCGGCCAUGGUGCAGCAGCGUCUGGCGUCCCACAACGCGGAGUGCUCCUUGCGGUUGGAUUUCCGCAGUGGCCGCUCGAUCACCCUUCGGGCUGUCUACGGGCCGGAUCAGGCAGCCCGGUGGUGCGGUGCUCUCAAUGCAAAUGCCCGCCGGCGGCGCGCCUCCUUCCCCCUGGCAAUGCCAACCGGGAGCCGGGCCCUGUCGCGGGCUGCCGGGGCGGCCAACUCCGGUGGUGGUUUGCUCCGAUCGCCCGGGGGUCCUGGCUCGCCCGCUGGCCCGGGUGCCGGCGGGGCCGGUGUCGGUCCGACGGCCAUCCUCAACAUGCCAGCCACCCACUGGACCGAUCGGGUAUUCGCCUUGGAAACCCAGUUGACGGCCACUUUGCAUCUGUCCUGCAAUCCCACCGGCGAGAGCAGUGACCUUCGCCUGCCGCUCUUCUUUCGGGUCUUGCGCACUGGUCGCGAGGUUGAGACCUUCGCCCAAAAUCUCGAGCACAUGUUUUCCCACAUGCGAGACAUGCCCAAGUUCCGGCUCACCGGUUACUCCCUGACUUCACUGGCCCGUGAAAAUACCAAACCCUACACCGAGUACUCGGCCAAAUCGCUGGAUGGCGAUCCUGGUUCAUCGGCCAUCUCCGCCUGGCUGACCGAAUUGCUUGGGUUUGCCCUGUCAUGCGAUCUCCUGGACACAGAUGAGGCCCGAACCAGGGCCCUGCACGCGCCGCUCUCGACCAUGGCUCUGGAUGGCUUUGGCUGGCGGAUGUUCUCGCUACGCGACUUGCUCCCUUUCCUCACGAGCUCGACGGCGGAGUUCCUCACCCUCGAGCGGCGCCUCUUUGUCCCAUCGGUCCCCCAAAUGCCGGCCCUCUUCCAACGGGUGCUCUCCUCGUUGGAUCCUCAUGCGGCCUCCCUUUCGCCGCAAAUUGCCGGCCUCGCGGGCGGGCCCCCGCACACGCUCUCCCAAUCGUCGUCCUCCUCAUCCCUGCUGCUGGGCCCGGAAAGUGCCACUCGCUCGCGACUCAGCUACUCCCAAUGGGGCGACACGACUCACGGUGGAUCUUCAGGGGGCUCCAUCUCUCGGGGUCCCUCCCCGGCCGGCUCCCUCCCCCGGCCAGGGUCGGCCAACAGCUCGACCUCGCUGUCGGACGGUCUCAUCACUCCGGACACCCUGGGCACCCGGUCGCCCACCCCGGCUGGAGCAGAUACAGGCAUGGCUCCGCCCCGAUCGCACCAACGGUCGCAUAGCCAUACCCAGCUGUCUUCACCAGGCGCCGGCAGCGAUCCCACAUCGGCCCCGGACAUCCGGUCGCUUCUGAUUGAGGCCACCCGCUCACAUGUUCCUGAUGCCGGUACUGCCGGCGGUACCGGCGCCCCCUCUCACAUUCCCAGCAUCCAUACCGAGUGGUCGCACCGGUCGGAUAGCCCGGCGCCCACGGCCCUUUUGAAGCAUACCGGCUCGGAUGUGGGCUUCUCCUCGCCUUCGCCCUCGCCCUCGCAGGAGCACCUUCCUUUGCGUCGGUCUGUUUCCCGUCGCCGGCCCCGGCGUCUGUCCGAGUCCAAUGCCAUCCUCCUGCGCGGGUCGUACCACUUUGUCGAUGAUGCUGGUCAUCACACCAGCGCCGACAGCUCGCGCCUGCAAACCCCCAGCCACCUGUAUCCGGCCUCCGACACGGCAGCUGGUGCCGUGGUGCCGGCCGCCCGGUCGGUUUCCAUUCGUGUUGGCUCCAUGUUCGGCUUGUCCCCCUCGUCGCUGGCACUGGAAGCGGUGGUGUCUCUGCCGCAGUUGUUGCAUCUGCUGACCAUGGCCCCGGCGGCCCUGCGGCCGCGCAUCCCUCGCCCAGGACGCCAGCCCACUGCCUCGUACAUUGAUCUGUUGGACCGGCUGGCCGUGUCGCCCUCGGCCCUGCUGCUGCCGGCCUCCCCGGGAUUCGAGCGGCCGCCCGGUUCGCCGCGGCCUGCCUCGUCCGAGGAUGAUCCCACCUGCUUCCCCGCGCCGAGCGCCACCAUCCCCCAAAGUGGCACGGUGCUCUGUUCGCUGGCCUUCUCGGCUCGGCACCGCCAGACAACUGUGGACUUCUUGGCCCUGUGUGAGCGUGUGGGCCAGCUAGACGUGGAGCUCAGCUCGUCUGGCUUCUUCCGCGAUGCGGCCCACAUGCAGCCCCGGUCGCCGGAGGAUGGCACCCCGCUUGGGCCUCGUCGGCCAAUUGUCACGCGCUACUCCGGUCUAAACACACACUCCUGCAGCCGGGACCGGUCGGUGGUGAUCCUCCAUCGGCUCUCGCCGACCGGGGACGUCUUGAUGACCAAGAAGUCGGACUUCAUCAUCCCUGGUACAGCGCUCUCGAUGCAACAUGUCCGCUCGGAUGGGUCGCACAUUUCCAUCGUGUCGAUUGUCGAUACCUCGCGCUCGUCCUUCCUGGCGGCCGAUGUGUCGGCCUUCUCGGGCAACCCCACCAACAUCGGUGUCGAUUUCUCCGGGCUGGCUGCCGGCUCGACGGCCAUCUCGGAAGCGGCUUUGGAUUUGGCCGGGCAAAUGGGCCAGGCUCAGUCGCUGGCCUCCUCCACGGGGGCCUCCCCCUCGCUUGGAGGGUCGGCCCUGGUGGAAACCAUGUCGGCCAUCUUCCAUGUGCAUUUCAUCUGCACCUCAACCCUGGAGCUGGUCCGGUCGGUGGAGCUCGACCCGUAUCCCCUGUUCAUGGCACCGUACAUGGGCGACCUCUCCGGGCCGCGAUCCAUGGAGCUGGGCGCGGCGGCACCGGCGGCCCUGGGUGCCCAGCGCCGGUGGAUUUCGGAGUUGGCCUCUGGCCGGUCCCGCGGGCUGGUGGAUUUGGCACGCAUCCGCGGCCGGCCGAUGGCGGCUCUGGCCGUGGCUCCGCACAUGGUUCUACUGAUCGACCUGACCACGGGCAUUCCGAUGGAGCAUAUCCCGCUCAGCUUGAUGAAGCCACAUGAUUGCAUCACUUGCGUGCGCUUCGUCCCAUCGGACCCCACUCGCCUGGUGAUUUCCACGUCGGAGACUGGCAUUUUCUUCUGGUCCUCCUCGCUCGGAGCUAUCUCCUCCAGUGCGGGCGCCGGUGCAUUCCCAACUCCGGGCUUCCCCAUGUCCCCCGGGCCAGGGGUCAGCUCGGGGGGCUUCCUCAUCGGGUCGCCGGCUGGCAGCCCGUCGCUUCUCGGGUCGCCCGCCGGCCCCGGCGCCCCGAGCAAUGCGGCCACCGAUGAGCGCGAGUAUCUCGGCCGCUCGACCGGGCAUUUCACCAAUCUCAUUCGCUUCAAGUGUGCGACUUUCGAUUUGUCCCGCGAUGGCAGCCACAUUGCCCUGGUUGGUCCGCUGCCGUUGUCCUUCUCAUCGCAGUGGCACUCCCUCUAUGGGUCGGUCAUCUCCCAGUCCACCAGCGACAAUUCCGGGUUCCUGGCCACCACCCAGGCCGGGGCACACACCCAGGCAGGUGGUCCCUCGGGGGGUGGGUCGGCCGGGGUCGGGCUUAUCUUCCCCGGCGGCGCGGCCAUGGUCGGGGACAUUGACCCGCCCUAUGGGUCGGUGGGGCCGACCAUGGCCGAAGUGUGGGACUUGCGCAACAUGCGGCGCUUGUCUCGCCUGGCGGCCGGGUUCUCUUCGCGCGGUCCCUCGGCCUCCUUCGAGCCGGUUCUCCCGCAGGUCCAAUUCCAGCCGGAGCAAAUGUCGGACCCCCAUGCCACGGUCUUCCCAUUGCCGGUGUUGACCCCGGCAGCGGCCGGCCGGCCGCAUGCUGCUACGCUAGGCCUGCCGCACGAGCCCGCGGUGUUGGUUGUGAAUGCCGCCGGCGAUGCCAUGGUCUGGCACUAUGCGUCGUCCAUGCAGCGUGCCGAGCUGCCCGCGCUGGUGGCCGUGUCGAAUCUCAGUUCCAAUGAUUUGUCCAGCUUUGUGGGCCCGGCCGGCGGGGCAGCGCCAGGCUCGGGGGGGGUCCCCCAUGCCGGGUCCGCCACGGCCAUUGGACGCAUGCGUCGGAAUGCCACCUCGCCGGCCCCCUCGCUCGGACAGGCGGCUGCUCGCCGGCAGUCCAUGCACUUUGCGGCCACCAGCACCGGGGGAGUGUCUCCGGCCCAGUCGUUGAGCUCGCUGGCCAUCGGGGCGUCCCCCGGUCCGGGCCACCCGCGCAGCUCUUCCGGCCAUUCGGAUGUCGGGCCAUCCACCAGCUCGCCGGAGCUGCUGAUUGUCGGCCAUCGGACCUCCCUGUCAAACUCCUCCUCCUCCACCGGACUGUCAGGCCUCCUGGGGACCACGUCUGGGGCCCCGGAUGCCGGUGGCGGUCAUUCAGCCCCGCCGGGCCCUCUGGCCAUUCCCUUCAAUUCGGACGACUCGCUGGCCGCCGGGCUGCUGGCUGCCGGCCGGGAGACCCCGCGCGAUGUGAUCCUCAUCGCCCCGCAUUCCAACUCCGAGCGCGGCCUCAUCCGAACGUUCAAGGUGGACCAAGCCGGGGCCGGGGCUGCCGGUGGCCUGACCGUGGCGUCGCUUGUGGCCCCCGAGUGCCAGUUGAGUCGCGCCUUCGUUGAGCACUCUUGGAUCGCGGCUCUCGGGCUCCGGGGCUUCGAGCGUGUGAUGUCCGGGUCUGUUGCCCUGGUGCCCACGACCGGGCACCUGCCUCGCAAGGCCCGGGACCUGUAUUCGGCCCUGCUGUCGGAGUACCACACGCAUGUGGUUCCGCUGAAUGCCGACUUGCCGGCUCUCCGGGGGACCUCGAUCGCGGCCAACCUCAGCCCGGCGGUCUUGUGCACCAAUGCCAGUGCGGUUUUCCAGCCCAUCCGCACAGCCAGCUUCAUCGGCGGCGGAGCGGACCCGGUGGCCGUCGGGGCCGGCGGUCCGGGGACCAUCGCCGCUCGAACGCACCUUGGGCCGGUCGGGGGCGUGGAGGCGGCCCAGUAUGGGGCCCACCCGCACGCCGUCGGGUCCCCCUCGCGACUGCUUCUCUUCCAGAGCUCCACGGCGGGGCGCUUCCGCCAGCCACGCCUGACCGGCGAGUGGGCCCUCCUCUUCCCCGGGUCCACCAGCGACGCGUGCAGCAUCAAUGCCCUACCGUCGGGCACGGCGCUCAUCCUGCCGGCAAUGCAGUCGGUCCAUCUCCUGGACAUGCCGGGCUACUCGCUGGCCAUGGCACACCUGACCGACAGUCUGGCCGCGGCUCCGCGCCCCGGGGACAGCCAGUAUGGGGACUACUCCAAGCUGGCCGGGGGGGAGACAUGCGUCGAGGAGCAGGCCGGUCCUGGCGAGGGGCUCCACCCCUCGUCCGGCCCGAUGAUCGGGGCCACAGUGCUCACAUCGUAUGACCACCUGGCCGGCGGGGCGGGCUCCGCUGUCGGUGAUGGCAGCGGCGGCAUGCAAGGUCCUCAGUACAGCCAGGUGGACUCGCCGCCGCGAGAGCCCUCUUCGCCGCUGGCUGCCGGGGCCGAGACCCCUGGGGCCGAGACCGGCCCCGGUCGGCCGCCGGGCUUCCUGCUCAAUUGCGAUCCAGACACCCUGGCCGAGACCCAAAGCAAUGGGUCCCUGCAUUUGCGCACGCAAUCCGACGAGUCGACCCCCUCCUGCUCGGUGGCCCAGUCGCUCAGCUCCCUGGCCGGGUCCGGGUCUUUGGCCAUCGCGGGCCAUGCCUUCUCCUCGGUGGAGGCAAGCCAAGACAUGGCCACCCCUUCGCCAUCUCCCUCGCCGGCCGGCAUCCCGGACCGCAGCCCGGGUACGGUCUUCACCUCGGCUCCCUCCCUUUCGACGGCCGCCGAGUCGGCAGCCAGCGCCACGGCCAGUUCGCCGGACAAGCAGGCUGCCCUGCCUGCCAUUUCGACGACGGUGGCCGCGGUGGCGGCGACAGCGACGGUGGCGGGGGCUGAAGCGACGGCCACCGGCUCCCCCAUCGGCCGGCGUCUAAGCUGGGCUCCCAGUCGCAUGGCCUCGGUGGUGGAGAGCCACCCCGUGUCGCCGACCUCCCCGGGGGCGGGGGUCACUCCGGCGGCGCAUCCAAUGGUCAAUGACCUGGCCACGGUGGCCACAUCCGCCGCAUCGGGAACACUAUUCAGCGAGCAGUUGCUGAACCUCAUGGCAGUGCGGCUCUCGAUUGCCAUCCUCACUGGCGAGGAGGAUCUCAUCGCGCCACUGGUAUCGGCCACGCGUCGGCCCCUGUCCGAUGGGUCAACUCUCUGCAGUCCGUUGCUGAACUUGGCCUCGCCGCUGGACGGCUGGACUCCCCUCUGCCUCGCGGCCCGCCUGGGCAAGUCCUCUGUUGUGCGGAUCCUCAUUGAGCUCGGGGCUGACGUCAACUUCGCCGCCGGCCAGGUGUCCGCCCAGUCAACUGGACACCGGCAGGCGGCCCCUGCGGCCCCGGUUCUGGCUGCGCUCCUCGCCCUGGAGGACGGGACCUCCUCUGCGCGGUCCUCUCGGCCGGAUGUGCUCGGCCCGGAGAUCUUCCGGCCAAUCCACACGGCCGCCAUGUCCGGCGACCCUGUGACCACGCGGCUCCUCCUGGAUGCCGGCGCUGAUCCCAACCUCCCGCUGGCCAGCCAGCGCCACUACCUUUCCAGCAUCCGCGCCCUGAACUUGGCUGUCGACCGGCGCAAGGUCGAUGUCAUCAAGGCCCUGGUCAAACAUCCCCAACGCCCGGCCGAUGUCAACUGGGUGGACCCCGGCUCCGGCCGGACCAUCCUGGACCAGACCAUGAUCCUGGUUGAGCAGCUGGCAACGGUGGCCGUGGCCGCUCGCGGGCAGUCCAGCUCGCCGCUUCUCAUGCACGGCCCGGGCUCUGGCCUGAUGACCCUGUCCCCGGUGCUGCUGACCGGCGAUGCGGAUCCCGCCGCGUCGGUCGACCUGCGCGAGGUGGUUGACGCCCUGCGCAUGGGCGGAGCCCGUCGGGCCGACCGCCUGGCUCUCCAGGCCGACGGACCGUGAGCAUGUCCCGCAUGUGUUUGUCAAUGCGUGUGUGUGUGUGUCGCGUGGUGCUCUGAUUUCCCCAAUCACCCUUUUCUAGCCCUUGUUUUUCUCCAGCCCAGUCAGCCUUUCGUCCUUUUUUGUGUGUGUGUGUGUGUGUGU